AUGAACCUAAAAGAUGGACAACCCAAGAAGUGGGGACAGAUCUAUCUAGAGAAGCUGCUGAAUGGGGAUGACAAGCCAACCUUGGAAUCCUGGAAUACCUUUGAAGCAGCAUUCUUGCGCAACUGGAGCGACCCAGCAGCACAAAUUGCAGAACACGCCUGCCUAGAAUGGUCAGACCCCGCCCUCAUUGCCUCCUUCCAACAGGGGCUCAAGGCAGAAGUCAGAAGCAAGCUGAUUGAGUACACCCUGCACAAGAACAUCACUACGCUGGACGAAUUCAUUUCUACUGCCUCAACAGCAGCACCAGCUCACCACAGCACCCAGCUCAGGGGCGCUCACAGUUUUGUCUCCAAGAAGAUUCAGGAAGCAAGAAGAAACGCUGGAGAAUGUUCCAAAUGUGGGGAGAAGUCUCACAAAUGGGAGGACUGCAAGAAUGGAUGGCGCCUCAAAACAAUAGAACGCUCUAAGCCUGAAUCAGGAAAGGCUGCAGAAGUAGAAGAGCUGGAAUUGCUUCCCCAAGCGGGAAAAGUCUGA